AUGCACUUCCGCUUAUCUCGAGAAGUGACUUAUGAGUUAAUCGGUCGUUUUGCAACAUCUCUAACAUUUGUGGCAUUACAAGGUUUGUUAGGAUAUGAGCCUAUUUUUCCAGAGAAACAUAUUAUAAGUUUUUUUUGGUAUGUUGGACAUGAAAGCGCUGGCUAUCGAGAUGUGGCCGAUAGAUUUGGAAUUACUAUAAGUGCGUUGUACAAUGUUAUAUCUCGAGUCACAAAUUUUUUACUGUCUCUUGCACCAAAUAUCAUCAGAUUUCCUACAUUGCAAGAGAGAGAGACCACUAAACAAUUUUUUCUUCAACACAAAAAAUUUCCUGGAGUAAUAGGUGCCAUAGAUGGAUCGCACAUUAGAAUAGAUAAACUAAUAGAAGAUAAAGAUUCAUACAUAAAUAGGAAGCACUUUUUUUCUAUUCAAUUACAAGGCAUUGUUGAUCACGAACAAAAGUUUAUGAAUGUCAUUAUUGGUUACCCUGGAUCGGUUCAUGAUGCAAAAGUUUUUAGAGAAUCGCCUGUGUACAAUAGCCUUAAUCAACUUUGUGGAGGUUUGUAAUUUUUCUUCAACAAUAUCCAAAUGUAUAGUCGGAUGC